AUGGAGUCAGCUGAAAAUUGGAUGAAUCCUUUCUCCAGUGAUGAUCUAUGGAGAAUUUCCAGAUUUACCAUUGAAGCUCUACCGCCGUUAGAGGAUCUCCCUUGGGAUACGAACCUACCAGCAAUCCUCAAGGAGAAUCGUCCGCCUGUGCAAGAAGGUGCUACAGUCGCCGACUCAGUAUGGAAACUAGAUCUCUUUUCGGAUGAUAUUGAGCGGCCAAACUCUCCAACAGUCUCCACUGUCGGUUCCUCAGACGACACCCAAUCUACGUCCACGUCUGUUCUCCAUGAUGCGAUUCCAACUGAUGAAAUCUGGCGAUUUGACGUUCUAAAUGAAAUUUCGGAAACAUUGGCGCCUCGGAAGACGUGGGAGAGGUAUCAUGAUCGUCUACACCAUGAGCAUGUAUCUGCGUAUUUCACGGAGUCCGGGCCGAGGGGGUUUGAUGCGGCGUUGUCGCGCCAAGCCAAAACGCAUGGAAAACCAAUCGCAGGUCGGAUGGUCAAUGAGAAUAUCUUCAUUCGCUCGGCAUUACGUCUCGGUCUUGGUUGGAGCUCGCCACUGUUUCGCUUCAAUGAGUCAACAUCAACAUUCGACCCUGCGGUCGGCGACUUACGCAUCUCUGGGGUCAGCCUAUCAAUGGUGCAAAGUGUCAUAUCCGAUGUGCUUCCAUGCGGUACGAGGAUGCAAAAAUUGCGACGUUUUGCAAAGUCAGCCCCGCGUCAAUCCACCGAUCUGCCAAGUCUAUAUACGUUACGUGGAACAAUUGGAGUCAUUAUCUACAACCUUGAGGCACAGGUCCUAUCUCUCUCCCGUCAAGUGGAUUCAAUCUUGCAGGUCUUGACUCUAUUCAGAGGUUGCGAAGAUCUGAUCAAUACUGUCGCGCAUAUAGUCCAGGUGGCACAAAGGGCAGCUUCCGAUGCCGAGCUCACUUCGGUGAUCAUUGAUUGCGCCUCAGUAUUUGCGCAAUCAUUCGGUCGAAUGGAGAACCUACUCUUUGAGAUAGUUGCGCGGGUAACCAGUCCUUGGCUCGAAUUUGUUGAACACUGGAUUGGGCUCAGGGCAGUGGACGACGCUCUGGAUGGGUCAAUAUCAGGGGGGAACAGGUUUGUUCAGGUGGACAAUUAUGAUGAUUCUACGAAAUUCAAGACCGGUUCCAAGAGAACAGACUACACUUUCAUCACGGCCAAUGUCCCGUCUUUCAUACCGCAAGAUUUGGCGCGCACGGUAUUUGAGAGUGGGAGGAGCCUGCGCCUUUUGAAACGAUCACACCCUGCUCACCCAAUUGGAAGAAAAGACGUGAUCUCCCAAGCUGGCAGCCUCGCUUUACAAAUUGCGACCACGUGGGAUGACAUCGAGCGUAUACAACGGCAGGCUGAAGAAUACGAGUCAAACCUUCGGCAUGAAAUUCUUCGGUAUCAGCAGAGGCCAUCGCACAAGCGACCCUCAACAUCUGCUGCUCUUCCUCACUCCACUCGGACUUUUUCUACUGCAUUGGAUUCAGUAUAUGAGUUGUUCGAUGUGGAUGGUGACAAAACGCUCCAGGGGACUGCGCUCGACAAACAGCAAUUUGUUAGUAGCAAACUCGCUCAGUUAACGCAGGCUGGGAAGGAGGAGCUGGUCGACACGCACGAUAUGAACAGUCGCUUUGGCCCUGAAUUAUCAUCUGCCCUUCAUCUUUCACUCGCUUCAAUCAUUGGUCUCCAGGCACAGUUGAUCGACUAUUCGUAUCUUCAUCAUUUAUUCAAAGAACAUAACCUACGACAGCACCUGAACGUCCAGAGGCAAUUUCAGUUACUUGGAGACGGGUUGUUUGUGACGCGGCUGACCACCUCUCUCUUUGAUCCAGAAAUGGAGAGUGGUGAACGCAAGAGAGGUGUGGUUCGAACGGGGAUUCAUACCGGGUUGCGUCUGGGCAGUCGUGAUGGAUGGCCCCCGGCAAGCUCCGAACUGCGACUGGUCCUCAACGGGCUGCUGGGCGAGUGCUAUCUUUCUGACGAGAGCACUAAUGCCUCUGAAAAGUCGCAUCACCAGCAAGACAACGAACUUCCAGGUGGUCUCAGCUUUGCGAUUCGUGACCUCACAGAUGAAGAGAUUGAGAAAUGUAGAGACCCCAAUGCGAUUGAAGCUUUGGACUUCCUUCGCCUACAGUAUAAACCUCCGACGGCUCUCGAGGUGCUCUUUACCCCGAAAUCUCUGGUGCGGUAUGAUCGACUUUUCAAACACUUGCUGCGUCUACUCCGAAUGAUCUCUGUGGUCAAGGACAUGGUGCGGGACUCCACCCAUCGCGGCUCCAGCUCAGGAGACACGCGGAAUGUCUUUCAGCGGUUCCGGAUCGACGCACAGCAUUUUGUGCUCGCCCUAAGCGACUAUUGCUUCCAGGUUGCGAUUGGGUUGAAUUGGAGCAACUUUCAGAAGUCGCUCGACAGGAUUGAGCAUUGCCUCGAUCGUGGCGACAUUGACGGAACCAUUGAAGUUGCGCAUUCAGUUCCACGGCUGCGUGGGUUCCACGAAGACGUUCUUAAUCAGAUGCUAUUUGCGAUGUUUCUCAGCAAGCGGCACGCUCCUGCGGGCAAAUCAUUGGACACUAUUUUCGGAAUCAUUUUAGCCUUUGCUCCUCUCUCGAAAGCUGAAGGGUGGAAUGGGCUGAGAUACGAAAAUGAAGGACAAGUUCUCCAUCUAUACUCGACCUUUCGAAAACACACGUCUGCUUUUGCUGCCUACCUGCGCUCCUUGGAUCCUGCCAAGACAUCUCUCAAGCCCCCGGGUCAGUCUGGAAAGCUUCUCGGUUCUGCAGUUGACACGAUGAGUAUUUUCGAGCACCUGCGAAUCCGGCUCGACCUGAAAGAGUACUAUUGA